AUGGACCAGAAGAACCCGCCAAAUGCGCCUCCGGUAUAUGACAUAAGCCAAGGAGGACAUUAUGGAGCUAGCGCUGCUCUAUCGGCCCAAGGAUACGUUCCUCACACGGAACUAUAUUCUGGAUUAUGGUCUAAUAUCAAUCAAGGCCUCACCGGGCCCUCGCGCGAGAUCCUCGCAACUUAUUGGCAGCAGACGAUCAACCACCUCGAAACCGAUACCCACGAUUUCAAGAUCCAUCAGCUCCCACUGGCGCGCAUCAAGAAGGUUAUGAAAGCCGAUCCCGAGGUCAAAAUGAUCUCUGCCGAAGCACCCAUUCUCUUUGCAAAAGGAUGUGACAUCUUCAUCACGGAAUUGACCAUGCGCGCAUGGAUACACGCCGAGGACAACAAGAGGAGGACUUUACAAAGAAGUGACAUUGCCGCAGCGCUGGCCAAGAGUGAUAUGUUCGACUUUCUCAUCGACAUUGUGCCCCGAGAAGAAGGCGCAGGCAGCAGCUCCAAAAGACCAAAUACUAGUGGUCAAGGUGGUGCAAAUCAAGUCCCGCAACAGCAACAACCGGGUCCGCAACAGCAGAUGGCGCCGCCUGACUACGGCCUGUCGCAGCACGGCACAAUGGGGCCUCCCGACCAGCAAUACGGACGAGCUCAAAUGUAUCCGGCGCAUCUGGGCGGAGAUAGUCAACAGGACCCAAAUCAAGGAUACGGCCAGCCUCCGCAGAUGUUUGGCAGUGGUGACAUAUACAACCCGUAUACACAAGGACAGUUUGGUGGUGGUAGUGCGCAACAGGUAGGUCGACAUCCAUAA